CGGGGUUUUAUGUCUCCUUCUCCUCUCUGAGAAGCAGCUCGUGGCAGCUCCCUGCAAAAACCCUAGCUUUUCCUCCGCCACCAGAGGCCUCCACGAUGAAGCUCGUCAGGUUCUUGAUGAAGCUGAACAACGAGACGGUGACCAUCGAGCUCAAGAACGGAACCACCGUCCACGGCACCAUCACCGGUGUUGACAUCAGCAUGAAUACUCAUCUGAAGACUGUGAAGCUCACACUGAAAGGGAAGAAUCCUGUUACCAUUGAUCACCUUAGCGUGAGGGGAAACAACAUUCGCUAUUAUAUCCUUCCUGACAGCUUAAACCUGGAGACUUUGCUGGUUGAGGAAACACCAAGGGUGAAGCCUAAGAAGCCUACUGCAGGGAAACCUAUGGGCCGUGGGCGCGGCCGUGGUCGUGGGCGCGGUCGUGGCAGGGGGCGCUGAGCUUUGCUGUACCUUGGAAAUUUUGCACUGCAUGCUUCUGUGCAAUGUAAUCUUCUUUCUUGUUGGUCGUACGAGUAAUGUUCUCAUUUGAGCUAAGACGUUGGUACUAGCUGCUCUUGAUGUGGAAUUAUGCUGGUGUUUGACCUGAUGUUUAAAAGCGUGUUAGCUUACAUUGUGAUC